AUGAAUCCGACAUCAAAGGAGAAAGGUCAUUCUGUUACUAUCUAUGACCAACAGAGGGUUAUUUUAUCAGAACGUAACGAUUAUGAUAAAGAGCAACUUGCAUCUCUAGCUGAAAAACUGGAAAGUCAUCAUCAUGAACCAUUUUCCAUUCGAGUUUUCGCCCGUCAAGUAACAGAACCAACAGCAAUAGAAGAUUUUGAUAAAAGACACGCAGAGCAAUCAGAAAACGAGAAGCGUCUAAAUAAAGAACGAACAACACGAUUAAAAAGAACGAAAAGUGUCGAUCAAAAACAAGCAACACAGUCAACAAGAACGAAAAGCUUCGAUCAAAAACAAGCAACAUAUUGCUUUCAGAGUAAACCAGUUGAAGUAUUCACGACAAUGGAAAAGGAUAAAUACAAAGAUUUUAAAUAUAAAACUAUUCAAUUUCAUAUAAACAAAAACCCAACGGAACGUACGAAUUUUUUUAAUAAAAACGAAGAACACCUCCUACAUGUAAUGUGUCCAAAUGCAAGUGCAGCAACUGCUUAUCUUCAUCAUAUUGGCAAUUACUAUACACUGUCAAAUUCAACAACAUCAAAUCAAUCCCGUUUGGAAACGUCCGUCGAAGAUGAUAACACAGUUAGUGUUCAAGAUGACAAACCUGGUGAACCACCAACAAGUAGAUAA